AUGUCAACUCCAACCGAAAUAGCAACAGCCUUACAACAAGCGACAGAAGACCUCAGAAGAGCAAGAGAAAGUCUUGAAAGAGCAGAAGAAGACCUCAGAAGAGAAAGAGAAAGUCUUGAAAGAGCAGAAAAAAGUCUUGAAAGAGCAGAGAAAGACCUCAAAAGAGCAGAAAAAGACCUCAGAAACUGGAGAGCUGCCAACCCCACAGACUUUACAAACGCUGGUUAUUUAGCACUCUCUGCUGAAGUCACUCGUUGUACAGUAAGAGAAGAAAGAGUACGGCAAACAUUGGAAGGUGCUCAGCAAAUAUUGGCAGGUGCUCAUCAAACAUUGGCAAGUGCUCAUCAAACAUUCCAACAGGUUCUGGCUGUUCAAAAGGCAAUUUUUUCCCCUCAGUCCUCGGUUACUUCUAUUUCUUGUAAAUCACAAUCAAUUAAUGGACGUUGUUCUACUGGACGACAUACUGACCGCAACAAAAAAGCUCAACAAAUAUUCAGAGAAAAGCUGCUCAAAAGGGAUAUUCAUUGUAUAGCAACUAAGGUCGCAGAGGGUUUUGUGGCUGCUCAUAUAGUUCCACUCAACAUGUCAGAACUAAUUGCUCGUAGUAUGCUCUUUUCUCCUCGCAAUGGUGUCCUUCUUCGCGAAGACCUUGAAGAUGAUUACGACAGACACAAAUGGAUCUUUGAUUAUAAUGGAAAGGUGACUUCUCUCUUUUCAAACUGGGAUUACAAAGACAUAAUUUGUCAUGUCAAUGUCUCAAAUGACCCUGAAACCGGGCCUUCCAAAGAACUUAUUGAACUGCAUAACAAGCUGGCUUUGGAAAGGGCGCAGCAUCAUUGCCCGAAUUGCUGGAAGUAUGUUGGUGCCAUUAAUAUUGAUAACCACACUGCUAAAAGUUGUGAAGGGACCAACAAGACUGGUGAUGAAAAAGAUGUUAAAAAAGAUAUCUAAUAAAAUACUUUUUAAUUC